AUGUCAACAAUUAUAUUUAGAAUACCCUUAUCAAACUGGAAUAGCGUCAAUAUUAGAAUUGAUUAAACGUGUUAAAUAAAAACAAAUAAACAUGCACCAGAGGCUCGCAUAAAUAAUGUUAUUCAGUAAAUAAAGUAUUCAGUAGAGUUGAAUGGGAAAAGUGCAGUGCAUGUUCAGAUAUGUAUUUGAAAAGAUUUCGUUUUAUGUGUUACUAUAAGUGAUCUUAAAUAAAAUUUGAUAAAACAUUAUAUUGUGAAAAUUCAGCGCAAGAUAGAGAUGUAAAUAUAAAGUUAGUGAAUGGAAUAUGUUUAAUCUUACGUAAAUACCAGAUAACAGGCGAAAAUGCAUAUAUCGCUUGUCGUUGACUGUAAGAUAAAGGCUAUCAUCAAGGUCACUAUAUUAUAAAGAGUUUCAUAUAUUGUGGGCUUAAUCUGAGUGACCUAUAUAAUAUGACUGUAUGUUAAAAGAGGAAACCAUGGAUUAUUUAUCAAGUUUGCAUUCUAUUUACGCUAGAAUUUAAGGCUUUAUUUUAUUGCUUAAGAACGAUUGUGACAGUGUUCAUAUACCAUUACAAGGACAUAUAACACACUCAAACUUAGACAGGCCUUACUUCAGUGUAUUUUUCUGCUUUUUAUGUAGCUGACUUCCUUUUGAGUAAGCUCUAAGGUUUGCAUUUCUUCUUCUUUACCUAAAACUAUGCAAAUUUUCUUUUUAAAGGUUUUUUUGGAGAAAAUUUGAAGUCUGUAGAAAACGAUUACCGUUUUGUGGAAUCUCAUGGAAUUUUGUAUUGUAGCCGAAAAUAAAAUGAAAAACAUAAACAAAAAAAGUAGAAAAAAAUGUGGCAAACAAGUGAACAUGAAUUUAAACCAAUAUAUAAUGGACUGUUAAAUUAACUAAUCGAUUAUAAAAUCACAAUGAGAAGUCGAUUUAGAAAAAUACUCUUUGUUGUGUUGACCUGUGGGCUGACAAUACUUAUUUUGAAAUACAUGUAUAUGAUACACUUAGAUAAAAGGACAUUUAGAAAUAAUUUGUCAGACACUAAGUUGGACGAUAAAUGGAGACAUUUUACAACAGCGUCAAAAACUGUACAACGUCAAAUGAAAUGCACAAGACGAACUAAAGACAAAGCAAAACUUCUGAAUAUGACCUCACUCUUGGCAAGCAUGAAUCGUACUGAUGACCAGCUAGAUAAUCUAAAGCCUGGUGGACGAUAUACGCCAUUAACAUGUGAAGCAAGACACCGUGUAGCCAUCAUAGUCCCGUAUAGAGACAGAGAAACCCAUUUGAAAGUAUUUCUCAAGUACAUACACCCCUUUUUACAGCAGCAGCAACUUGAAUAUGGGAUCUUUGUCGUAGAACCGAUAGCCAGUGUAAAAUUUAACCGUGCUUUAUUGAUGAACAUUGGGUUCGUAGAAGUCAACAAACUGCAUUACUACGACUGUUUUAUUUUUCAUGACGUGGAUCUUUUACCGGAAAGUGACAUCACAAAUUAUACAUGCCAACAAAGUCCGUUACAUAUGUCAUCUGCUAUAGACACAAAAAAAUACAGAUUGCCUUACCGCACUUAUUUUGGUGGAGUGUGCGCAUUUAAAAAAGAACAUUUCGAGGCAAUAAAUGGUUUUUCAAACUUAUAUUUUGACUGGGGUGGUGAAGAUGACGAUCUUCAUGAAAGAAUCAAAUACAGCCACUUGAGAGUCACUCAUCUUUCACCAGAGAAUGGUCGAUAUAAAAUGUUAGGACACGAACAGGCAAAACAGAACCCAGAUAAGAUACUAUUGUUCAAGUCAAUGAAGCAGCGACAACAUUCUGAUGGACUGAAUAGUUUAAAAUACAAUGUGAUUCAUCAACAACUUAAACGCUUGUAUACAUUGAUUUUAGUCAACAUUAAUGAGACGCUAAUUCUAGAAAGUGAGCCAAUUCACAAACAAGCUUUAAGUCCGAAGGUUUUUGACGUAUCAAGGAGUUAUACUUUACGGAGAAAACCUAGUAAUUAUUCUAUGAGAAGAAAUUCUAUUAACUUUUUCAAAAAUAGGGAGCAACGAAAUCAUUCUAUUUACACUAGAAAACAAAAUAACUAGUAUCACUUUAUGUGGAGAUCCACCUAUCAUCACAUGAAAAUGUAAAAACUAAUAUGGUAAAAAUAAAACAAACCGGUUAUUUGGCGAGCUGAUAUACUUCGAAAUAACAGAGCCCCCAUAGCACGAUAGCCUAUCACGUGAUUUUUGCUAUCGCGGACACACCAAAAUGUGAAGGUUUAUUUUCAUAAGUUUCCAUAAGUUUCAUCAAAUUGUCACAACAGUUUUGUUGUUGCUGAUGUAAUAACGUAACCAAUAGAUCGUUGUGCGCACAACGUCAAGUAAGAAACUUGUCUCCUUUGUUCAAGUUUCAGCGCUAAAUCUGUCAAGAUUGACUGUAAUGGACAAUAAUUAAAUGACUACUGUAUACUGUUAGAAUUGUAACAGAGAUGUAGAUAAUCUAUGUCUCUGAUUGUAAUGAUAUGUCGAUUUUAUUGUAUUGUGAUCGAUCACAGACAAUUUAAGUACUGCAUUUUGUACUGUUUCAAGGUUUAAUUUGAAUUUAGUUGAAAAUUCCACGUUAUAUUACUUUAUUAUUAUCAUCAUUAUUAUUAAUUAUUUUUUUUAGAUAUGAUUAUUUUGCUAGUCAUAAUUAAUUCAGCGAAGGCUGGCAAAUGAUUGCCUGACUUUUGCGGACACAUUGCGAAAUAUGAAUAAACCAACUUGAACAUAC